UGUGGGGUUGUUAUUCUUUAGCUUGCAGAUGCGGUAACCAUGCUGUCCCUGUCCAUGCAUCACCACCAGUUGAAUCGUGCUUCUCUCCACCUGUCAGCAUCCUCGGUUUCUGUUUCAUUUUUCUUUCAUUCCAACUUGUUCUUGGAUCCAAUUAUCCAAAUCUACUCCCAAAUUUCUAGAUCCGCUGGUAAUGUGAGUCAGAGGAGGAGAGGGGAGGAUCAAUCGCUUGAAAAGGAGGAAGAUCGGAAGAUGGGAGGAGUUGGGGAAAAUAUCAUGGUGAGCGCCUUGACGGGGGUGAUGAGCCCCGUCCUCGGCAAGCUCACUAAGCUUAUAGAGAAGAAGCACACCGAGCUCAAGAAGCUGAGGAAGAAGCUGGAGCAGCUCAGGGAGGAGCUGAUGGCCAUCAACCUCGCGCUGGAGAAGUACGCUGCUGUCGAGAGCCCGGGUGUGCAGGCGAAGGCUUGGAUGGCGGAGAUGCGCGAGCUGGCUUACGACAUGGAAGACAGCAUCGAUCUGUUCAGUCACCACGUCGGCUAUGAACCGGCUGACACCACCAGAGUCAAGAGCUUCUUCCACAAGAAGAUCCGGAAGCUCAAGAAACUACACUACCGCUACAGGUUUGCUGAGGAGAUCAAAGAACUCCUUGCUAACGUCAAAGUAGCAGAGGAGCGUAGAAAGAGAUACAAGAUCGCCGAGGGCAGUUCUAGCAUCUCGCACACGGAGAUCGACCCUCGGUUACAGGCACUCUAUGUGGAGGUGGAAAAACUCGUGGGAAUCGAAAAACCAAGCCAAGAGAUUAUUGUUCGGCUUGUCGACGGGAACCCAGAGGAGCGACGGAGGGUAAUCUCAAUCGUUGGACGUAUAGUUGGCCAGAUGGGCCUGGCCUGA